UCACAGAAGAAACCCACAAAACAUUUCAAGAAAAGGGAGACUCAGAGAGAAGAAACCAAACAUAUUUUCAUUUUCCUCUUCUUAGUUUUAACAAAUGGCAACCACUGCAAUGACCACUCUCCCCCAAUUCACUGGUCUCAGACCCCAAUUCUCAGCUGCCCCUGUGCAGAACUUGGUUGCUGUCCAACCCAUGAGGCGCAAGGGGAAGGGUGGUUUGGGAGUUCGAUGUGACUACAUUGGUUCAUCCACUAAUCUGAUUAUGGUGGCUUCUACAAGCCUGAUGCUGUUUGCUGGAAGGUUUGGAUUGGCUCCAUCAGCGAACAGGAAAGCCACUGCAGGGCUAAAGCUGGAGGUGAGGGACUCAGGCUUGCAGACUGGUGACCCUGCUGGGUUCACUCUUGCAGACACCUUGGCCUGUGGUGCUGUCGGCCACAUCAUUGGAGUUGGGGUUGUUCUUGGUCUCAAGAACAUUGGUGCACUUUAAACACCUUCAAAGUCUCAUGCAUCAUGCAUCUGUAAUCAAUUAGUCAUGUACUUUAUUUUCACUUCA